AUGGAACACCCCCGGACAGACGACGAUCCUUGGCGCCCAGGCUGGAACCCUCGACGGCUCGCGACGCUGACGCGACCAGACCCGCGCUAUUACCGGUACGUCCCAGACCUGUCUGGAUACUUUGUCGUCGCCCACUACCAGACUCCGGACUGGCGGCCCGGUGAGGGAGACCCGGGCAGCAUCCGAUGGCUCCGUGAGGAGGCGCCCGACCUCAUCGUCGAUGGCCGCCUCAGGGUAAACAGGGAGGAUGUGAGUGGGGAGACGAGGUCGUGCCUGGCAGGUGGUGGUGGUGUCGGUGCAAUUGAGGGGAGAGUGAGGGCGCAGGAGCACCAAAAGAGUCCGUCGAGUGCGCCACCGGUCGCGAGGCCGUUUGGUGGUCGGCCUGGGUGGGGUGGGGGUGAGUCGACUUGUGACCAAUCUUAUGGAGUUGCGAGGGACUAUCCACAGCAUGGGCGUCAAGGUUGGCAAACGGGCGAGAACAAGUCACAACCUCACCUUCAUCAGCGGCAUCGGAACCUUGAAAACCGCGAAGUUCAGGACCAGCAGUCACGGUUCCAGCACAGCAUGGAGCAAGCCGACAGCAGAAAGUACGCUCCACUCCAACACCAGCAACAGAGACCGACACCUCCGAGACAUCCAAGCAACGAAAGUUCAGACGACCCGCGGCGAUCGUGGAUUUGGCCCGAAACCAGCGAAGUCGCCUCUUCAGGCCAGCAACCGGACCCACGCCACAUGCGCAUUAGCCGGGACGUGCUAGCUGAGAUUCACCGGUUUCCAAUGGGACAUCCCCAGAGUCCUUGGGGUUGGCCCGAGGAUUCAGACGGGUCUGGGGUCAUGGAAGAGGAGAGCAUCGAGAUGAGGGAGGCGCGACGGAGACACAACGCUGAGAUAGAGAAACGAGCACCCCACCCAAAACGCUAUAUCCGUCCGUCAUCGCCAAGCGCAGGCAACUGGGGACUUCGCCGAGACUCUCGAGAUGGUUUAACAUCCAGCAGCAACAGUAGCAGCGCUGGGUUUCCAAUGAAGAUGCCACAGUGGCCCGGCGCGCAGGAGCGGUUCGCGGGUAGCCGCGAUUCGCCAUCCUAUCUACAUGGGGCGCGACGAAUUUCGCACGAGAGUCUGGAGUAUACCGACAGCAGUGGCAGUGGCGAGACGCACGACCAGAGGCGUGGUAAUUAUGUCUAUGGGGACUUCGAGGAGCGAGCCAGCGGCGCUGGGGCUUGGCAAAGUCAUUGCCUAGAGAACCGAUUCGCAACUUUGCAGGUUGGCCGGGAUGAGGGGCACUAUGUUGAUAACUCAGCACCUCGAGCGGCUUGGGAUGGGCACUACCGACGCCGCGAGCCAGUCCCUUUCCAACCACAAUCACGAAACCAACCGCUCUUUGGCAAUCACUGCAGUAGCAACUCCCUGCCUCCUUGGCAUCAGUCUUUCCAGAAAAAUGGACAGAUGAGGAACAGCUGGCCACAAGAAGACCAGCGACGUCAACAACCACGAAUGCAGCAACAGCAACAACUCCAAGCCCAGCGAUACCCGCCGUCAGACUUUUAGUUCCACCUGCCGACAUCCAGACGGUUCGACCCCGUGGUUGACGAGGCCGACUUCUGGAUCAAGAUGCCGCUUGACUGGAGUUGUGGUCCGGACAAUGAAGACAACGAGGCAUCGUCGGCUUGAGGGCAUGUGACUGUUGCUGCUUUAUAUGCGUCGAUUUAAGCCACUUACGACAGAAGUGCCAUGCGUUGCGACCUUUUCCUUUUCCUUGUUCUAUGCACCAUCAACCAUUUCAACACACAAAGCAACUUACCGCUUUGUUGGCUGUAAAAGCCGCAGAAUAUAUCGAUGAUAUUUUUCCUUUAUUUAUCGCAUUGGAGUUCUCUCAUUCAUUUCUGCAUUGCUUUGGAAUCUCUUCUUUUUAGACUGCAUCUGCAUACGGAGUUACGCUGCAUUUGAAAGAGGAAGACAGUCAUUCGGGUAGUGGGCCAGGAGGAAGAAGAACAGCCAAAGACGUGACCUAACCAAGGCACAAGGAAGAGGUCAACACACGAGCAAGAACGUUGUAUCCUCGCGUCUUGGGAAUUUUUGCAACGGGGGUUCUCGUUUUCAUCCAUUUCGUCGUUGCUUUUCCC